CUCCCUCCCGUCUCCCGCCCUACCUAUGUCUGGUCUGUCUGUCUGUCUGCCACUUGAAGCUGCCUUGCUCCCUGAGUCCCUACACAGUUCGCUUACCGUACCUGGCCCUUGGUGGUUUUGGGUGUGACUGUGAUGGGUCCUCUCCCCCAUACUGUCUGGACUGUGGUACGGAGUAGUCCAGUCCCAGGUCCAAUCCGUUGCUGUUGCUAUCCUGACCGUCCCAUCCCAUCCCAUCCUCUCCUUGCCUUGGUGGUUUGCCUUGCUCAUGUGCUGGCCUGGCUUGUCCCCAUCCCCAUCCUUCUUCCCUCCUCCCUGCCCCUUCUUUUGGCCCCUUCUCCCGAGCAGCUGGACUGACUGACUGACCGUCCCCAUUCCCACUCUCCUCGUUCCUGUCCUGGCCUGUCCCGUCCCGUUCUGUUCUUGUCUUGAUCCUCCCACCCCCACCCACCUGCCCUUGCUUGCCCUCUGGGGUCGUCGUGUGCUUGGUGUCGUAUCUCGUAGCUGGGUCUCACCCCCCCCCACACCCCCCCCCAAGUCCCGUCACUCUCUUCCUCGUGCCUCUCUCUCUUGCCGUCUAGCCACUCUCUAGUCUUGUCGGCCCUGGUGGUUUGGUUUUGGUUCUGGUUUGGUCUUGUCCGGUCCGGCCUGGCUUCGCAUCGCCCUUCUUGCCUUGCCUCGCCUUGCCUUGCCAUGCCUUGCCUUCUCUCCUUGCCCGUCCCUGCCCGUCCCUGCCCUGCUGGUCUGGUGGUCUGGUGGUCUUGUCCGGUACGCUGGUUUGGCUUUAACUCGCGUUUAAUAACAUUUUCUCGUUCGUUGCCUCUAUCCCGACUCUGUCUGAUGGUGGCCAGGGCCCCGAUUUUCCCCUGCCCUUUUGAUCCCUCCCAAAAAUCCAAUUUGAUGUUCCCGACCAAAACGUAACCAUCUCCAAUCUCGUACCAACACCCUCUGCCCGCCCGCAUUCCCAGUUUCCUCAUCCUCUCCCGCUUUCUACACACAACACCUCACCACCGCCCUCUGGUGUUGAACACACAAAUCCAUCCAAAACCACCCUGCGCCAUCCCGUUCGCCAUUCAAAAACAUAAUCAUUUUGUGCUCCUCAAUUUGCCCGUUUCUUUUCUGGCCCUCAAUCUGGCCUUUCACCCCUGUCUUGCACCUUUUUUGCCGCUGCAAGAGUCGUGCAUCCGCCCCAGGAACGUGUCCAUAAUCCGGGCGGCUGUGGUUUUGUGAGGGUAUUCAGAACUGCCCCCUUCUCCACCGCCCGCUAGCCAAGGCCUAGCCGACAACCGCGCGACACCACACCCUUUCCCGCUCCCCAACUCGGGCCUGGUCACCGCCUAACACCCCGCCCCCGCCAGCCACACCCUGUAACACCGCCAUCGCUGUUAGUGAUUGUACUCGCGACACCGUUUCGUGGUUUCCCUUUCCCAUUGUGGGCAGCUCUUUGGCCAAAAGGGAAACACACUCAUUGAUUGUCGCCAUUCACCACUUCUGCGACACACCAUUUCAGUCCUCUUACUAUUAUCAGGCAGCAGGCAGCAGACAGCAAAGUUAAGGGUCUUGUUCGACAAUCAGCAUCCCUCCCUGUCUUUGCAUCGGCCUCUCCUUGUGCUGUCCUCAGAAAAAAGAAAGAGACAACCACAACCACCACCACCCGAGGUUCUUUUCUGGCAUCUGGCAGGCAGACACACAAUACAGAGAAGCCACACCACCAGUCUAUCAGACAGACACCUGGCCGGGAGAAGACCUGCAGCCCUUGCAGCCCCAGCCAACUCUCCUCCAUUGACGGCGGCUGCUCAGACCCUUGCAAGGCCCCACCUAUGGCACUGCCAGGCCGCGGUGCGAUGAGCUCCUCGCCCACUUCCCUCUCGUCACCACCAGCCACCUCCAUCAGCAACCCCUCCUCGCCUUCCCGCCUCAACGUGGGCAGGGCCAACAUCGAGAUGGACGAGAUCGUCGUCGACACAGCAUCCGGGCCCCGGUUUGGAGUCGUGGCACCCCCCGCCCCUCCCCCGCCCGACGUGCCACUGACAGCUGCCGGCCUGCCGAGGAAGAAGCCCGGUCGGAAGCCCGGCAGCACCGUCAAGCCAAAGCUCAACCCGGAUGGCACCCCAAUCGUCCCAGAGCCAAAGGUGCGGAAGCCUAGGAAGCCCAGAGAUCCCAAUGCCCCGCCCAUCCAGCGGAAGCGCAAGAUCGCCGCCACUCAGGAGCCCGCCGAGCCCGAGCUGCCUGCUGCCGCCGCCCCCCUCGCAAGCAGUGCCGCGGCUCACCAGGCCCAGCAGCAGCAGCAGGCGGCCGAGCCCAGCCCGAUGCGCAUGGAUCUGGACCCUCGCCCUGCAGCCGUGGCCACGCCCAACAGCAGCAGCAACACGCCCAACCCGCCGUCCAACCCGGCAAAGGUCCCCAAGCGAGAAGGCCCCUCGUUCAUGUCGGAGCUGCUGAACCGCGACUCUCCCCCACCUCCCCCGGCCCCUCCCGCCCCGGUGCGCAUGGCCUUUGACCCUGUGCGGUCCUCGAGCUAUGACCCUGUCAGGGAGACCAUGGUUACCCGCGACCCUUACGGCACCUCUGCCCUGGCUUCGCCCCGCGGCCCUUCGCAGAUGCCAAACCGUGCCAGCGCAUCGCCCUCAAUCUCGAGCCUGAUUGACGCACCAGCCCCUUCGUCCACCUCCAAGGUCCUCUCGCCAACACAGGCACAUUCCUCCUUCCACUCUGCGCAGGGCCGCUUCCAGGACCCCUCCUCCCUGCCGCCCUCCCCGUCCAAUCAAGUGCGCAAGGAGCCGCCCCCAUUGUCUGGGCCAGCGCCAAAGUCGAGCACGGUUGAGAUCAAAAAGCCUGGCCCGCCUCCUAUGCCCCAGCCUCCUGCCAAGUCAACGGAGCCAUCAAAGCCUGCCGCGCCCGCCAGCUCGGGAAUGCCAGCCCCCAGCACCAUGCCCGCCCCGUCCAAGAAGGUCACCACCGUCGUCGGCCAGGCUCGCAAGGAGAAGAAGCCUGUGUCUUCGACGUCUUCGUCCCCCAAGAUGGGCAGCCUCAAGAAUGCCCUUCCCGACGUCGCCCCGCCCGCCGGUGCCUCAAACGACCGGUCCAUCCUCGAUUUUGGUAAGGUAGCUCCGGGCGAGGAGAAGGAAGCCCCCUCCAUCGUCUUGCACAUCCCCCUCAACGGCGAGGGCAACAAGUACGUCAACUUCAUGCGCCUGGCCGAGAGCAAGUACGGCUGGGACGCCCUGCACCCCCGCGAGGCAGCCAACCGCGACCGCAAGGCUCGCAUCGCCGCCGCCUCUGCUGCCCUCGAGAGACAGCAGUCCGGCCGCGACUCUGCCGAGGAGGAGGACCCAGAGUUCAACGCGAGCGAGGACGAGAACAGCAACGUCGAGAUGGGCGGCAUGGGCAACAACGGCGGCCUGACGAGCGGUGCCGACGCCGCCGCGCCAGAGAAGCCCAAGCGCAAGAAGCGCAACUGGCGCGAGGACGAGUACGACCGCGGCGAUGACUUUGUCGACGAUUCGGAGCUUUUGUGGGAGGAGCAGGCCGCGGCCGUCCAGGAUGGGUUCUUCGUGUACAGCGGUCCUUUGGUCCAAGAAGCUCCAAAGGCCCCUGAGCGUGAGGGACCAGCCAAGAGAGGCCGCGGACGCGGCGGCGGCCCUGGAUCCCGCGGCGGACGAGUACGUGGCGAGGGCGGCAGGGGACGCGGUGGCGGGCCAGGCUCCCGCGGCGGCACGACGACGCGCAAGCCGCGCAUCACCAAGGCCGAGAAGCAGCAGCUGGACCGCGAGAAGGCGGAGCGCGAGCAGAAGGCGCAGCAGCUGGCGGCGUCCAAGUCAUCAUCGUCUUCCGGCGGCGGCGCCGUUGGCAGCAGCUCGGCCGGGUCCUACGGCUUGUUGGCUGGCCUGGUCGGCCCCAACGCCACCGUGCCCUCUCUUUCUGCCGGGCUUGGCGCGGGCAUCAUGAACUCGUAGGACGGGGGUCAUGAGAGACUUGCGCCGGUUUAGGAACGGCGAGAGAUGGAGGAGAGGGAGGAGCAGCACCGGCUAGAGACGAGCCGGUGGGCCAUGGAGAGGUUGGAACAGCAACGGAGAGAACUGCAUCAGCAAGUGCAACGGGGACUGCUAGAAUUCGAGAGGCGGGAUCAGCAAGGGCGGGAACAGCGAAACGCGACCAUACCGCUGCUCCAGCUUCGCAGGCACAACGAGAGAGGGAGUCGUGGGAACCAACCGUGGCAGCGGGCGGCGCGGGAAGAGGAAUAGCGGAGGAGACGAAACUGAAGCUCCGGGCAGGCACGAGGAGAGUUUUCCGAUCGGCCGUCGUCACUCAUCGAGAGCGCAAGACGGAAAUCUCAUCACGAGCAACAUCCUGGGAGCCGGCAACAGCAACCCACUCCUCCCUGUUCCCACAUGUUCGGAUCUCCCGAGCAACCUCUCUCUACCGCCACAUCCACGGAGAAUUCCAGCGGGGACUUUUGUUUCGAUAAUGAUCGGACACAACAAACAGACGGACAACGGACAUUAUACAGGAACACACACACACACACACAAUUAGAUACGGAAAGGCGUUUCAGUCAUUCAGCGGACGGACGCGCAACGGCUAUUGUUAUUUUCCCGGGGGGGGGGGGGGGCGGACAGGACAGGACAGGACAAUAAAUCGGCAAGGGGGGGAGGGAAGUCCGUGUGCGUUGCGUUGCGUUGCGUUGCAUUUUUCGGAAAGGGAGUGGGGGGGGAAUACAUCCAUCACUCGUCUGUCUGCAUCCAUCGGUCGGUUGGAAGGGCUUGAUUUUUGGCCGGCGUUUCUGGAAUGGAAUCUGUCUGUCUGUCUGGAGGCAGGCAUGCAUGGCACCUCUUUUUGUUUUUUCCCCCUCCCCUAGGGGUGCAAUUCCGCCUUUGCAACAAAUCAAACAACAAGGGGAGAAAGAAGGAAGGGGAAGGGCGGUGGGGAGUUGGUGUUGGUGUGCGCGCGUGCCUUUGUUACACCGAGCGAGACUAACUACUACACUGCCGGUAACAAGUUUGUUUUUCUGUUUCGGUGGGUUUUGCCUGCCUGCGUCCCCUUAUUUGUGUUUUGUUGCCCCCUCCACUACUAGUACAGUUGUAUCUACUGUCGCACCUGCCCUCUGCGCAUCAACUAGAGCGGGGAGGCGUGGAUGGAUGGAUGGCCAUGGAUGGGUAUCUUAAACUUUGCUGGUCUGUCUUGUCUGCCUUGCUGCUGUGGCUUUUUUUGGGGCGGGGCGAGGUCGCUUCGUGCGUACAUAGAAUCAAUCAAUCAAUCCAACAUCCUUG